CUCAUUCGAUUCUCUCACAUUUUCUCCUCCUGUUUCUCUAUCUCUCUCUCACAACGCUUACUACAUGGAACCUUUAUCAGAGGAAGAAGAAGAAGAGCUUCAACUUGACCGAGUCAACUCAUUGCCAGACACCGAGCUCGCUUCUACUAGUUCAGGCCUCUCAUUCACACUCACUACCGAAGAUUGUAGAAGCACCUCUAGCUCUGGUGACAUCUCCACUAGUUCCGGUGAGAUUCCGGUUAUUGUGGUGGAGGAAGCGGUAGUCCCUAAGCUGGUGGACCCCGUUCAUGGGCUAACGACGAUGAUAACUACGAGACGGAAGUGUGUGGGAAGGAAUAAUCAACGACUUAAUUGGGGGUUUUCUUCGGUGAUUGGGAGACGGAAAGAGAUGGAAGACGCCGUCGCCGUUAGACCUGCUUUCAUGUCUUGCACGUGCGAUCACGUUGGUGGUUGUACGUCUGUCGGUUCUAGAACAUCCUCUGACAUCUCUCCCGUCCAUUUCUUCGGCGUCUAUGAUGGCCAUGGUGGCUCACAGGUGGCUAAAUUUUGUGCUGAGCGGAUGCAUGAGGUGAUAGCUGAAGAGUGGGAUCGGGCAGCCGGUGAUGGUUGUGAGUGGCAGAAGAGAUGGGAAAUGGCAUUUUGUAAUGGGUUCAAGAGGGCUGACAAUGAGAUCCUUACAGAGGCUGUAGCACCAGAAAUGGUUGGAUCAACUGCUGUAGUUACGGUUCUAUCAGGCUGCCAGAUUAUUACUUCUAAUUGUGGCGACUCAAGGGCUGUGCUAUGUCGUGGGACUGAAACAAUACCUUUGACCGUCGAUCAGAAGCCCGAUAGACAGGACGAACUCUUGAGAAUCGAAAGGGAGGGAGGGAAAGUCAUAAACUGGAAUGGUGCCAGGGUCUUUGGAGUUCUUGCCAUGUCCAGAGCUAUAGGUGACUGGUACUUAAGGCCUUGGAUAAUACCAGUGCCAGAGACAACUUUCAUGACAAGAAGUGAUGAGGAUGAGUGUUUGAUUUUAGCAAGUGAUGGGCUGUGGGAUGUUAUGACAAACGAAGAAGUCGGAGGGGUUGCUCGUCGCCUUCUAAGACGGCGACGCAGGAUGAUAAAUGAUGAUGUUUCUCCGGCGCAAGCCGUGGCCAAUAAUCUCAAGGAUAUAGCUUAUGGAAAAAACAGUUCUGAUAACAUCUCCAUCAUUGUUGUUGAUCUAAAGCUCCGGAGAAGGCGCCAGCAAGGACAAUGAAAAAAGGGGGUAAUGCAACCAAUUUCUCUCUGUGCCUAAAUUUUCCUUCAAAUCCAGUUCUCUUUGACCCAUUAAAGUUAAUUCAGAGAUGAGAUUUGCAGGAUGACAUAGUGAUGAUACACUAAUUCUAUGAAUGAAAACAGAUUCCCAUAUGACAUUUUCUUCCUCCUCCAGAUUGUUACUACAAAGUGGUAGAACAAUCCUCUAUUUUAAUUGGUUUGGCCAAGGCAAAUCAAAUAUGAAGUAUUUAAAAUAAAUUGAAGUUGUUCCUCAGUAUAUACAUGAAUAUGAUAAUGAAGACAAGGUGUCAGGAUGAAAACGUAUCUUUCUCCUAAUCCUUGUCUUUUGUUCUUUCUCCAA